AUGGAUAUGGACGAGGAUGACGAUCUCUAUCAGCCAGAAGAGCCGAAGAUUGAGCAUGACGAAGAAAAGAAGCCCAAGGUGGAAGAGCUAGAAGAGGGCGAAGAGGAGGAUGAAAGCGGCGCCAUGGAUGAGGAUGAUGAUGACGACUCAGAUAUCGACAUCAUCACAGAGCGAAAAGACGGCACAAAGGCAGCACCACCACCGUAUGUCAACCUCGUGCGCGCCGUGUCGCGAUAUGAUGCGAUACGACAAGCCAAGUAUAGCGACAUCAGAAAUAUUCCCCAACGAUCAGCCUCCAACGACACCCCUGCGAAGGUAUCAGCGCCCAUCAAGAGGGACGAAGACUCAAAACCGACGAGCGCCCUGAACAUUGCCGCUCCCAGCGCGGAUCAAACAUCAGCUGCUGCCUCAAAAUCAACAAUCGACAUCAAUGCUAAUCCAGUCCACCCUGCAGCUGGCAAGCCUAUAACACAAGUCAACAUAGACGAAGAUCUACCAGACAGCGACAAACCGUGGCGUAAGCCAGGUACAGACAUUAGCGACUACUUCAACUACGGCUUCGAUGAGUUCACAUGGGCUUUAUACGCUGCCAAGCAAGAAUCGAUCCGCGGCGAGUUUGGUGCCGAUGCUUUCGCCGCCAACAACAAGAAGAUGAUGGAAGACUUCAACAUGAUGAUGAUGGGAGGCAUGGGUAUGCAGGGUGGAGGAGGUGCAGGCGCUGGCGCUGGUGCAGGUGCAGGUGGCAUGCAGGGAAUGGAUGGAAUCCCUCCUGAGAUGCAAGCCAUGAUGCAGCAGAUGAUGGCUUCAGGCAUGGACCCUUCUCAAAUGGACCCAAGCCAGAUGGCGGCCAUGUUCUCUGGGAUGCAAAACACCGGUGGCAAUGCUGGCGCGCAAGGCAACCAGGGGCAAAACUUUGGCGGCGGCUUCGGUGGAAACCAAGGUGGCUUCGGCUAUGACCAGGGCAUGGCGGGAGGCGGCAGUGGAAGAGGUGGAUUUGGAGGCCGUGGUCGCCGUGGCCGAUGGUAG